GUUUUCCUCUCGGACGGAGAGGAGGGAAGAGCACAGACAAGCAGCGGCUGCCAGUGAGGAGGAGCCGCACGGGUCAGGAGCAGGAGCGCAGGGAGUGUCCCAAGAACCGUGGAGGAAGAUGCUGAACCCCUGAGGCCUGUCCGCUGACCAUGCUGACCUUGGCAUCCCCUGUCCUCCUUGCUAAGAUGCUCUGGGCCCUCCUGCUCCUGGAUGCCUCCUUCAGUGCUCAGAAAGGAAGCUGGGACAACCCUACCUGCACCCAGGGCGUGGUGUCUGUGCCCAGGGGGGCACGUGCCAUGAUGGCCUGCAACAUCUCCAACCCCUUCUCCAACAUCACCAUCUGCCUGAGUGUGGCGGCAAGGACGGACUGCCAGUAUAUCUUCAGGAAUGCCCCCCAAGGAAACAUCUCUCAGGAUGGGUGGCACCUGCGGGUUCAAGGAGGCAUGGCACAGCUUGUGAUUGAGGACGCCUGGGACAAUCAGUCUGGCCAGUACAAAUGGCAUCUCCAAGGAGGCCAGAUAAACGUUGGAAUCACCACCCUGAAUGUCUCAGAGCCCCAGGACCCACUCUUCACACCUUACCCAGGCCCAGAGUCGCCACGCCCCCUGCAUGAGGUGGGGAGCCAGUCUGAUAUGGUCUUUGUCAUCCCUGUCAUUGUCAUCCUCUUCAUCCUGGUGCUCAGCAUGUGGGCCUGGUGCAGAAGGCGCCAUUCCCUGAAGCUCUCAAAUAUUCCGCAGAGGGGUUGGUUCAGAGCCCCAGGAACAUGGGCCCGUUGGGAGGGUGAUCCAGCCCUCUGGGCAUCUGGCAUCAAGCCCCAGGAGCCCCACCCUGACCCAGAGGCUGCCAGCACAGGGUGAUCACAGCCCCAGCAGUGGAGGCCUGCUUGUCCCCGUCUCCCCCACCCGGCUGACAGAUACCUGUGAACCCAUCAGCACUGGUCUGCUGGCCCGGAGACCUGCCCAGUGUGCGGUCUUCGGCAGCGGCUCUUUCAGCCGAGUGAGGACUCUGGGUCCCACGCAGAGAGUGGACCCAGGGUGAAGACCGUGGCCUCCUGGGAAGGCAGGCCACGCAGGCCCUUCCCACUCCGUCCUCAGCAGCUCUCUUGGCUCCCUCACCCUUUGGCCAGAAAUGCAAAAAUCUAAGUUCCAGAGCAGUUGACCUGAUGGGACGCUCUCCCUCGUGGGCCCGCCCACUGCGGGCGGUGGGUGCCUCCUGCGCGCGCUCCCGCCCCAGGAGCAGGAGGGGCACGCGGGUAACCUCCAGACGCGCCCGGUUUUGGUCUUAAGUGGAUCUCGGGCACGCUCCUGGCGUUUGACUACGAGCAGGAACAGGUUUUGGGGACCCUGCUGCCAGCAGCGGCGAGGCCCAGAGCGGGGACGGGAAGCCUAAGGUGGUGCGUCGGCCCCCACCACCAGGGGGCGCAGCCGCGGCGCCCGCCCUGAGGAGACCCACGGGCGGCUGGGCGGUCCGGGCGGGUCCCACCCGCGCCUCCCCCGCCCGGCUGCCCUGCCCCGUCCGCCCUGCUGGCCCCGACCCAUCCCACACCGGUUCACGCAGCAGUAUUCCUAAUU